AUGUCUAUUCCAUCAUUAUCCAAUCAAUACCCAAUAACUACUCUACCUAGAGUUAGUGGAGUACCUAUAGAAAAUAAAUUACUAAUACCACAAUUUUAUCAAAAUGAAUUUACAACAAAUACUUUAGAUUUUGCAAUUUCAAAAUCAAUGAUUUGUUCAUAUUUAAUUAAACCAACUCCUAAAUUAUUAUGGUCUUUUGCAUUAAAACCUUCAUAUAUUGUUGAUUGUAUAGAUGUACUAAAGUUGGGAGAUGAAAAAAUUUAUGUUGUGGGUAUAACAGAAAGAAAUUUAUAUAAAAUUAUAAUAGUCAAAACAAGUAUAAAAUUGGAAGAUGGGAUUAUACUGGCAGAUACUUUAGACACAAAUGAGUAUAAAAUUGAGAAUAAAGUUGUUGGAAUUAAAAUUUCCAAUUCAAAUAGUAUUGUGGUGGUUUAUCAAGAUGGGAAAAUUGAAUUUGUAAAUUUUAAAAAUAAUGAACUCAUCAAGGGUUUUAAUUUUCAAAAUGAAGGAGAAAUUAUUUAUAAUCAAUUUAUAAAUGAUUUAGAAGAUAAUUUGUUAUUAGUUGUAUCAAAAUUUAAAACACAGUUGAUAUAUAAAAUUCUUUCAAUAAAUCAAACAAAACCAAUAUUUGAAAUUCAAAAUUUUCAAAAUGAAAUUUUAAAAGAUCCUAUUUUUACAUAUAUAUCUGGUAAUUUAUAUCAAUAUCAUGAUGGAAUAAUUGAUAACAUAUCUAUACCAAAUUUCAAAAAAGUCAAUAGUACAUCAGUAUCUUCGUUGAUUCAAUCAGAUGAAAAAGUUUCAAUAAAAUCUCCAGCACCAGAUAGAAUUUUAUUAGGUAAUUCAAAUAAAUUAUAUUUAUUAAAUUUAAAAUUUGGUGCAAAAUUAUCUGAAUUUAAAUCAAUAUCAAGUUCAUCUAAUCCGGUAGAGGAUAAAGUAUUUAUAAAUCAAAUUAUACCAGUAAAAGGAUCAUCACAAAAUACAUCACUUACUAAUGGUUUUUAUUUAAAUUUAAAAAAUAAAGAUAAUAAUUUAUAUUUAAAUAUUAUAGAUAUAAACGUUGGAUUAAAUAAAUUAAAUGAAUGUCUAGGUAAAUCAAUAAAUCAAAGAGACGAUAAACAAUUAAAUAAUAUUAGAAAUAUUUAUAAUGAUGAACCAAUUGAAAAUGAAUCUACUGAAUUAAAUGAAAUUUAUGAACACCUAAAAAUAGCACAAGAAGAAAAUAAUUUAAAUAAAUGGGAAUCUAUAUUAAUACCAUAUCUCAAAAAUAAUAAAUCUUGGAACGAAAUUAAACAAUUUCAAAAUAAAUCUCAUAAAAAAGAUAAAAUAUAUCAAUUUAAAGAAUUUGAUGUUGAAAAUGAUAGAAUAAUAAAUAUAAAUUUUAUAAAUUUAAUAUUUGAAUUAAUUUUUAAUAAAUCAUCACCAAAUUCAUUAAAUUUUAAAUCAUUAAAUUUUAUACCUGAAUAUACUUUAAUGUAUUUAUUAACAAAUCCAAUUUUUCCUAAAACUUAUACUCGGGGAUUAUUAAAAUUAUUUUAUAAUAUUAAUAAUUUAACAUUAUUAAAACAAGCUAUUAUAACUUGUUCAAAUUUAGAAAUUGAAGACUUGGUUAAUUUAUUAAUUAUUUUGGGACAAGAUCAAGAAGAUAUUUUAUCUGAUUUAAUAACUAGAAUAAUUGAUGAAUUUUCACCUUCUGAAAUUACAAAAUCAUUUAAAAAAGUUUUUGAAAAUUCAAAUGAAACAAUAAAUAUCAUAGAGUUUAUUAAUAAGAUUUUAAAAGUUACAAAUUAUAAUAAGUGGAAAAUUAUUGAAAUUUUAAUUGAUAUAAAUGGUUUAUUUAAUUGGAAUUUAACAAAUAUUGAAAAAUUAAAUGAUUUAUUAGAUUCUAAAAUUAAACUUUUAACUGCUAAUUCAUAUAAUUUAACAUUAAUUGAUCAAGUAAAUUUAAAAAGAAACACCAGCAAGAAACAACAAACAGAAGUUAAUGGUAUAUUAACAAUUACUGAUCAAACUAAGAAUAAAAAAUUAUCAUCAACAGUUGAUUUAAAUGAUGAAAAAAUCCCAUUAUAUUCAAUAGAAACAUUAGAAAUAUAA